AAUUCAAACCUGGUCUGUGUAACUUUAUCUACGUCAUUACCACUAGUUUUCCGCUCGGCCUAUGAGAACUUCCGGUGCACCGUUUUGAAUCUUCGUUUGGUGUCUUUCGGUCGCUAUCCGAGACUUGGGCCCAAUGCAAAUGUGUUGACCAUCAUCUUCAAAGAGAGAGACCAUGGAUGAUGAUAAUCACAGAUUAUUUCAAAGAGUUGCAGAGAAACUGGGCUGGUCAGAGAAGGGAGGAUUGGAAACAACAGAACAACAGCUGAUUAAGAGCGUCGGUAAGACUCGGCGUCUGGCCACAGGCUAUCAUGGCUCCAGGGGUGCUCAAAACCUUCCUCCCCCAGUCCAGAUACAUCUGCUUGACACUGAGGAAGAGGAUGACAGAGGCCCAGGGAAAGAGAACCAGGUCUCCAAGGGCAACGGUUACAGGACCGAGGUGUUAAUGGAGUCCAGUGACGAUGAUUUUGACCAGUUUCUUGUGGAGCAGGCUACACCCAAAACUGCUUCUCGGAAACAUUGCAGUUCUGCUAAGAAAGUCAGUGAACCAGUCCUUGUAUUAAGCUCAGACAGUGAUGACCUCUUUGAAAACUUCCUGAGCCGUGUGAAAACUCCCAAGCCGAAGCCCAAGGAAGCAGAGCGUGGCAGUGGAGACAGCCUCAGAAACUUCAUUGUCGACAGCUUUUCCUCCGAUGAUGACUUUGUCGUUGAGAGGAAGAAAAAACCUACCUCUAAAGGUGCCUUUAAGACCCCUAAGCCGUCAUCCUUCCAGACCCCGGUCAGAAGACCCUUGUCCAAGUCUAACACUCCAGUUUUCCUCAGCGACAGUGAAGAAGAUGAUGGUAUUGUGAUGAAGAGCAAGUGGAGGACAUGCCACCCUGUGCACCAGCCGCCGCCACAGACGCACAAAGUCAACGUCCUACAAAGUAACCAGAAGGGCAACGUCUUCUUUCCCUCUCUCUGCCCUCCUCCUCUGCCUUCCCUCUCUCCUUCCCCUCCUCCUCUCUGCUCCUCCUUCACCCCCUCCCUGACCCCCCUUCCACAGCGGACCCACUCAGCCCCGUCGAAGCUGGAGGACUCAGCCAGCUCAGAGGAAGAGUUCCUCAGCUUACUGGACAGAAUUAAGAAGAACCACAAGACCGGCAACACCCCAACACCUAAACCCAACACAGGGCCAAAUCAGAAGCCCCCCCUGUCAACUCCACGGCAAAAAGCCUCGAAAGAGGUGUGCCCUCGGCCGUUGGUGAGAACGCCCUUGGAUCUGAAGACCCCAGUGCGCCCGCUCGUCUCUAAACCCGCUGUGUCCCAGCCGGAAUCCAGACUCAAGACCAGCGGCCUUUCUUCCUCCAGUGUAUCAGCAGGGUGUAUGACUCCAGACUGUGUUUCUCUCCUCAGUGUAUCAGCAGGGUGUCUGACUCCUGGGUGUUUCCUCCAGUCUCUGUCUGGACCUGGCUCCAGCUACAGCCGCAACUUCAAACAGACCAAGGAGGAGCUCACCAGCAAACUGUAUCGCCUGUACAACACCAGCGUGUUCGACAGCAAGCUGCCCAGUAACAUGUCAGUGAGCUGGAAUAACAAGAUGAGAAAGACUGCUGGCUACUGCAUCACAGGGCAGGAGAGAGGAGGAGGGAACCGAUACGCACGUAUCCAACUCUCGGAGAAAGUCUGUGACUCUGCAGACCGUCUGCGUGACACAUUAGUCCAUGAGAUGUGCCACGCUGCCACCUGGUUGAUCAACAGUGUGAGGGAUGGACACGGCCCCUUCUGGAAGCUUUACGCCCGCAAGGCCACGCUGGCACACCCCGAGCUGCCUGUGGUCACCCGCUGCCACAGCUACGACAUUAACUACAAGUACCAGUACCAGUGCAGCCGCUGCGAAAACACACUCGGUCGUCACUCUAAGUCUCUGGACACCCAGAGGUUUGUGUGUGCCCUCUGUACGGGUCAGCUGGUCCUGCUCACCCCUGCCAAGCCCCGGGCGCCCACACCCUUUGCCAACUUUGUCAAGGAGAACUAUGGCAGUGUUCGCCAAAACCUGGUGGGUCAGAGCCACGGUGAGGUAAUGAGGAAACUCAGUGUUGACUUCGCCUCCAAGACUAAACUCAGCCAGAACUGAGAAGGAGAGAGAGAGAGAGAGAGAGAGAGAGUGUGUGAAAGAGAUGAGGUGGAAUCAUUCUAACCUGGAUUAGACCUACAUUACUCUCGUCUCCUGGACUCUAAAGCACUCUUGAUAAAGCACUCUUGUUCAGUAGUAUCUGUAAAACCCUGUCUGAACAUCUUCAUUCCUUGAAGAUUUCCACUGCUCUGAAGCAAUGGUGGGAUCCUUCUCUUUCAUCCAUCCUAAUGUCGUAGAUUAGUGGGAUCCUUCUCUUUCAUCCAUCCUAAUGUCGUAGAUUAGUGGGAUCCUUCUCUUUCAUCCAUCCUAAUGUCGUAGAUUAGUGGGAUCCUUCUCUUUCAUCCAUCCUAAUGUCGUAGAUUAGUGGGAUCCUUCUCUUUCAUCCAUCCUAAUGUGUUAAAGUAGUGUGAUCUUCAAGUUUAUAGGUCUGUCUUAAAUACCUCUGUGUAUGUAUCAGGUUUUCAGAGGCAGCUAUGGUGAGGCUGGCGUCUCACCGUUACAGUGAAAUGAGACAAGAGACACACUGGACAGUGAUUUAAAGGCAUCGUGAAUCAGUCAUAUUGUUGAGCCUGCCUGUGACAUGGAUUCAUACCCUUCAAAUAUCAUUUUGUGAACAACUGCUUUGAAUUACUUGAAAUAUGAAUCAGGAAAUAGUUCGAUGAAGUUUCAUAAAAUGCAGAUCUGGCAACUUCACAUACAAUUUGUUACAUUUUGAACGUUUGUCUUGUUGUUUUUUUUCAUGUUUUGUUUUUGAAUAAAGAUUUCAUGUUUUACA